CUGAUAGUACGCUUCACUGGAAUUACGGGUUGGACACCGGAGUACAGAGACAGCAUUCUUCAUGCACUUUUUAAAGGAAGCAGACACUUGAAACUGCCGAGAGGGAAGCAUAUUGACAUUUUGUUGCAUAGCGCUCUCAAUACAAAAAUCUUGACUCACUCGGAUUCAUCAGUCCGCUGAUGAUGAGGAGCAUGCUGGUCAAAAGAGAAUGACAGAUCCCACGUUUACAUCAGAAACUCCGUUCCAGCCCAACGCCAGCCAAGAACAUGCAUGCCUCAACCAGACACUUAGGGACAGCGAAUACUUCAAAUUUAUGGCAUACACUAUCACGUACAGUGUUGUGUUCCCUAUUGGAUUCAUCAGCAACGUACUGGCUUUGGUUGUGUUCCUGCGCUUCACCCCUAAGAAGACUGCCAGUACGGUUUUUAUGACUAACUUGGCCAUUUCAGAUGCUAGCUUCUCCUUGACUUUGCCCUUCCGCCUGGUCUACUACUUUAGGGGCAGUCAUUGGGACUUCCCAGACUGGUUUUGCCGCUGGUGUGUAUUUUCCUUUUACGUGAACCUGUAUACAAGCGUAUUGUUCCUUACUGGCCUUAGUGUACUACGGUACCUCGCCGUGCUUCACCCCAUGCGCCACAGGAAACAGGCCACGGUGUGGCGAGCCAGUCUAUCAUGCUUUGCGAUCUGGAUAUUUGUGGCCUUCUUGUCAACGCCGUUCCUCAUGUCAGGUACUUUAGAACGGGAUGGUAAGAUUAUCUGCUUUGAACCCAGGAACAUCAUGUCAUGGAAGCGCAUAUUUAUCUUGAACUAUGUGGGGGUUUCGUUAGGAUUUGUCAUUCCGUUUAUUACAAUACUAAUCUGCUACAGCUGCAUCUUCCACAAACUCAUCUUUGGGCAGAAAAACAUCAGGAAACAAAAGCAGAUCAGCUGCCGACGCACGGUGUGUUUGAUCGUGGUUGUCCUGAGCACGUUCCUGCUGUGUUUCCUACCAUAUCACGUCAUUCGCACGGUCCAUCUGCAUGCCGUUGUUUCAGGCCAGGACUGCCAGGUCAGAAAGUACCUCCUGAAAGUUCUGGUGCUCUCGCUGUGCAUGGCGGCAUCCAACAGUUGCUUCAAUCCCAUGUUGUACUUCUUCGCGGGAAAGAACUUCCGCAAGCAAGUCCAUAAAGCUUCAGUUCAAAUAAAGAAAAAUUCCAUCAAUCACGGUGAUUUCUCGUCUCUUCAACGCCGGACCCAAUCCGAAACCUGUCAGAAGACAAGAUGCCAAAGGUUCACUCCCGUACGCCAAGACUGUCUGCCAUGUUCCUCAGACAACUCCUGUCAGGUCAUAAGCAAAAAGAAGCCCGAUGGCUGCGUGCCUGAAAAGCAAUGCAAACUUUCUGACUCUGCAAAAAAGCAGCAGAUGACUGACAAAGGAAAGUCUAAAAUGAUUUGCAGUAGUAAAGAACAGAGGAAGAAAUCGGAGUGUGAAGAAUAGAUGUCUCUAUUGUUGUCAUGAAUAAGCAAAUUCAAUGCAUUUCUUUUUUUCCCUUUCACUUCUCAACUGUGAGACUAAAAUGUUUACAGAUGUUGGGCAUUAGAUAAGUCUAGGUGAAUCUCACACAACCUCAAACAUGGGUCUUUUUUUUUUUUGG